AGCCAGCCCCCAGCUCACAUUACACUCUAUUUAUAACCUCUCAGAGCCGUUUACCCCUGAAAGCAGUUCUCUGGGACCACCUUCUUUUGGCUUCAACCUCUCCUACUCUUGACAUCUGAGUAGCUCGGAGGGAAGCUCCUCCAGGUCAGAUUGUUUAUAUGUAAAGGAGACUGGCCGCUAGGGCUCAGGACCGGGAUUAUCCAAACUGCAGAAACGCAGGCAGCAAUUGCUUGGGGAAGGGGAAAAGUCACACGAUUUUCAGUGAAAAGUGACAGAGGGUGGUGGUGUUCGCAACCGUCGUGAAGUCUUCUGCCUGGAACCCAAGACUUGCAUGCUAUGGAACACCCGCUCUUUGGCUGCUUGCGCAGCCCUCACGCCACCGCGCAAGGCUUGCACCCGUUUUCCCAGUCCUCUCUCGCCCUCCAUGGAAGAUCUGACCAUAUGUCCUACCCUGAGCUCUCCACUUCUUCCUCGUCUUGCAUAAUCGCGGGAUACCCCAACGAGGAGGGCAUGUUUGCCAGCCAGCAUCACAGGGGGCACCACCACCACCACCACCAUCACCACCACCACCAUCAGCAGCAGCAGCACCAAGCUCUGCAAACCAACUGGCACCUCCCGCAGAUGUCCUCCCCCCCGAGCGCGGCUCGGCACAGCCUCUGCCUCCAGCCGGACUCGGGAGGGCCCCCGGAGAUGGGCAGCAGCCCGCCGGUCUUGUGUUCCAACUCUUCCAGCUUGGGCUCCAGCACCCCGACCGGAGCUGCGUGCGCGCCGGGGGACUACGGACGCCAGGCGCUGUCACCCGCGGAGGCGGAGAAGAGAAGUGGCGGCAAGAGGAAAAGCGAUAGCUCAGACUCCCAGGAAGGCAAUUACAAAUCAGAAGUCAAUAGCAAACCCAGAAAGGAAAGGACAGCAUUUACCAAAGAGCAAAUCAGAGAACUUGAAGCAGAAUUUGCCCAUCAUAAUUAUCUGACCAGACUGAGGAGAUACGAGAUAGCUGUGAAUCUGGAUCUCACUGAAAGACAGGUGAAAGUCUGGUUCCAGAACAGGCGAAUGAAGUGGAAGAGAGUAAAAGGGGGUCAGCAAGGAGCUGCAGCUCGAGAAAAGGAACUGGUGAAUGUGAAAAAGGGAACACUUCUCCCUUCUGAGCUUUCGGGAAUUGGCGCGGCCACCCUCCAGCAAACAGGGGACUCUCUAGCAAAUGAAGACAGCCACGACAGUGACCACAGCUCAGAGCACGCACACUUAUGAUAUACACAGAGAGGACCAGCUCCAUUCUCAGGAAAGAAAUGGUGUGAUGGCAAGCCUUACUCAAACAUCGUUUACACAGAGAGCUGACUAUGAUGGUGAUUUUUAAUAUUAUUAAAUUCAGGCAUCUGAGUCUGUUUCUCAUGAUUUAUAGAGGGUGUUACACUAAGUGCCACUUACUAAAGAUGCUUCCACCGUGAAGAUGGAGAAGGUGAACUUGCUUUGAAUAUUCCAGAUGUGUCAGUCGUGUGUAUGACAGUGAGCAGGUAUGCGUUUGCUUUUGCUUGCACUGAAAAUCAAAUUGCCAUCAAGAGCAAACUAUGAGACAUUUUUAUUCAACGUGCCUCCAGAAUGAAGAUGCAGAAGAUGAACUUGCUUUGAACAUGCCAGACGUACGAGGUGAUGCAUAUGACAGCGGGCAGGUAUUUGCUUUCGCUUGCACUGACAAUUAAAUUGCUAUCAAGAAUAAAUCAUGAAACAUUUUAUCCUGAACA